UUUAACUUAACUGAGCAGCCAAUCCGGUGGUACACUCACCUCCCCUUCUACCCAGAGUCACUGCUGCGGCCGCCGCCAUUUUAGCGUUUUGUCAGAAGCGUCUGCGCCGCGAGGAAGAGCCCCUGCUGAUUUCCGUGCGGGUGAGAGACUCCAAGCCCCUCAGCUGUCUUUUUUUUUGCCCUGUUAAAUCUUACCUCACUCCUUUGGGCUUCAGAGGUAUCGUAGUGGGGUACUGGCCUGCGCACCCGUCUCUGAGAGUCGACCUCGGUGCUGGGCAUUGCGCGGCUGUGUCGAGAUGGUGAAGCUGUUCAUUGGAAACCUGCCUCGGGAGGCCACAGAGCAGGAGAUCCGCUCACUCUUCGAGCAGUAUGGGAAGGUGCUGGAAUGUGACAUCAUUAAGAACUACGGCUUUGUGCACAUAGAGGACAAGACGGCGGCCGAGGAUGCCAUACGCAACCUGCACCACUACAAGCUACACGGGGUGAACAUCAACGUGGAAGCCAGCAAGAAUAAGAGCAAAACCUCCACCAAGUUGCAUGUGGGCAACAUCAGCCCCACCUGUACCAACAAAGAGCUUCGGGCCAAGUUUGAGGAGUAUGGCCCAGUCAUCGAAUGUGACAUCGUGAAAGAUUAUGCCUUCGUACACAUGGAGCGGGCAGAGGAUGCAGUGGAGGCCAUCAGGGGCCUUGACAACACAGAGUUUCAAGGCAAACGAAUGCACGUGCAGUUGUCCACCAGCCGGCUUAGGACUGCGCCCGGGAUGGGAGACCAGAGCGGCUGCUAUCGGUGCGGGAAAGAGGGGCACUGGUCCAAAGAGUGUCCGAUAGAUCGUUCGGGCCGAGUGGCAGACUUUACCGAGCAAUAUAAUGAGCAAUAUGGAGCAGUGCGUACACCUUACACCAUGAGCUAUGGGGAUUCGUUGUAUUACAACAACGCGUACGGAGCGCUCGAUGCCUACUACAAGCGCUGCCGUGCUGCCCGGUCCUAUGAGGCAGUGGCGGCUGCAGCUGCCUCUGCGUAUAAUUACGCAGAGCAGACCCUGUCCCAGCUGCCACAAGUCCAGAACACAGCCAUGGCCAGUCACCUCACCUCCACCUCUCUUGAUCCCUACGAUAGACACCUGUUGCCGACCUCAGGAGCUGCUGCUGCUACAGCUGCUGCUGCUGCAGCAGCCGCUGCUGCUGUUACUGCAGCUUCCACUUCAUAUUACGGGCGGGAUCGGAGCCCCCUGCGUCGCGCUACAGCCCCAGUCCCCACUGUUGGAGAGGGCUACGGUUACGGGCAUGAGAGUGAGUUGUCCCAAGCUUCGGCGGCCGCGCGGAAUUCCCUGUACGACAUGGCCCGGUAUGAGCGGGAGCAGUAUGCGGAUCGGGCGCGGUAUUCAGCCUUUUAAGGCUUGAGGUGAGAGCGGUGGGGUGUCCCCUGUUCUGGUUUUGCCAUCCCUCCUGCAGCCUAAA